UGAAGCUGGGAACAGCUGGGGCUGCACCGCGGCCGGACGCGGGGUGGUGUACAGGGGGGUGUUGAUUUGCCUCAGUGAAAGGGAAGAUUGCUCGGAGGCCCAGCAACAGCUCCACGCAUGCGUACAGCGGAGCGGCUGGGAGCUAGCGGUCGGGUCGGGACAGGGGGCUGCCACUUCCCGGAAGGGGCGGGACCUUGCGUGCGGAGGCGCCGGAUUUGAAGUGCUCCCGGGAGGUUUCCGCGUCUGGGUGCUACGACCUAUACGCAGGGCUUUGCGUGGGAAAGGCAAGAGGACGUUUUCAUUUUCUUUUUACGUUAUCUUUUUUUGGGAGAAGAUUAAAUUCAGAAACUUGGAAGCAGCUAGUUAGGAUUCAGGCCAAACUGGUAAAUGACGGAGGGGCGCCUUCCCAAGCCAAGGAGAAAGGGUUGUCUGGCCGAUAAUAACCAGAAUGGGAGUGAGUGACUUGUGGCAAAUUUUGGAGCCCGUUAAGCAACACAUCCACUUGAAUAAUCUUGGUGGGAAAACCAUUGCAGUUGAUCUGAGCCUCUGGGUAUGUGAAUCACAGACAGUCAAAAAAAUGAUUGGAACUGUCACGAAGCCCCACCUCAGGAACUUGUUUUUUCGUAUCUCACAUUUAACACUAAUGGAUGUAAAACUGGUAUUUGUUAUGGAAGGGGAACCCCCAAAGCUGAAAGCUGAUGUCAUAAACAAGAGGAAUCAAAUUCGGUAUGGGCCUUCUGCAAAAACAUGGUCUCAGAAAACAGGGAGAUCACAUUUUAAAUCAGUGUUAAGAGAGUGUCUUGAAUUGCUGGAAUGCUUAGGAAUUCCCUGGGUCCAAGCUGCUGGGGAAGCAGAAGCCAUGUGCGCUUACCUUGAUGCCAGUGGUUAUGUGGACGGCUGCCUCACCAAUGAUGGGGAUGCUUUCCUUUAUGGGGCCCGGACUGUUUAUAGGAAUUUCACUAUGAAUACCAAGGACCCCCACGUUGACUGUUAUACAAUGUCAUCUAUCAAGAGUAACCUAGGUUUGGAUAGAGAUGCUCUAGUUGGACUGGCAAUACUGCUUGGCUGUGAUUAUCUUCCAAAGGGCGUCCCUGGAGUUGGAAAAGAGCAAGCAUUAAAACUUAUACAGAUUUUGAAAGGGCAAAGUUUACUUCAGAGGUUUAUUCAAUGGAGUGAAGAAAAACCUUGUAACUCUAAUCAACAACCACUAGUUAUUAAAAAACUGGCUCAUUGCUCUGUGUGUUCCCAUCCAGGUUCACCUAAGGAUCAUGAACAUAAUGGAUGCAAAUUAUGUCAAACUGAUCGAUGUUGUGAACCACAUGAUUAUGAAUACUGUUGUCCCUGUGAAUGGCACCGAACAGAGCAGGACAGGCAACUGAUUACAAUAGAGAACAAUAUUAAGAAAAAAGCUUGCAGUUGUGAAGGAUUCCCAUUCCAUGAGGUUGUUCAAGAAUUUCUUUUGAACAAGGAUAAAUUGGUAAAGGCAAUCAGGUACCAAAGACCUGAUUUAUUAUUGUUUCAGAGAUUUACUCUUGAAAAAAUGGAUUGGCCCAAUCACUAUGCAUGUGAGAAAUUGUUGGUACUUUUGACCCACUAUGACAUGAUAGAAAGAAAAUUUGGUAGAAGACACUCUAAUCAACUACAGCCAAUUCGAAUUGUUAAAAACCGGAUCAGAAAUGGAGUUCAUUGCUUUGAAAUAGAGUGGGAAAAGCCUGAACAUUAUGCUAUAGAAGAUAAACAUGGAGAAUUAGUUCUACAAACAAUAGAAGAAGAAUCAUUAUUUGAAGCAGCUUUUCCAGAGAUUGUUGCUGUUUACCACAAACAAAAGUUAGAAAUUAAAGAGAAGAAAAAGAAAAGCAUGAAAACUAAGCCUAAAGAAAAUAAUUUGCCACAAACAGAUGAGAUGAGUUUUCAGUCACUCAUAACUUUAAAACCCACAUGUGAAAUCUCUUCUAAACAGAAUUCCCAGUUAAAUUUGGAAAUUUUCCCUGAUUCGGCAUUACCCCAAGAAUCUAUUUCUGCGUCAUUGAAGAGCUUGCUUUUAUCUGAAGAUGCUCUCUGUAUGAAUACUCAAGAACAGUUAAUGUCUUCUUCAAAACCUUUGGCUUCACAGCAAAUUACAGCUGUCAGUAAAUCUCUAAUUUCAGAAUCUAGUCAACCAAAUAUCUCAUCCCAUAAUGUGUCGACGAUUGCUGAUCUACACUUGAGCAGCAUUGAUUGGGAGGGAACUUCUUUUAGUAAUUCUCCAGCUAUUCCAAGGAAUACUUGCUCUCAUGGCUUAAAAUCAGGACUUGAAACAGCCAUCCCUCAUAGCUUUAAACAUAUCCCAGGACAAUUGUCAUGUGACUCAGAAUGGUGCACCACAAAUAAAGUGUUCAGUUGGGAUCUUCAAAAGACUAAUCCUGAAGAGCAUCUGUGUUCUGGCAUUACUGACUUACAUAGUCAGGAUCUGCCUUUAAAGGAACGAAUACUUAUAAAAUCAUUACAUCCUCUGGGUAAAGUACAGCCAGACCUGAAAACUUUAUCUGUACGCACAGUAAAAGAAUCUUGUAAGGCUAGCAGUAGUUCUGAUUGUCCGUCACAUCUUUCAGAGGAUCUAGGAAUUUAUUUGCAAAAGGAAUCUAGGAACUCUAAAGUUCUAAAAGGAGACCAGCUGUUUCCAGAAAACUAUAAAGUGAAUACUUCUAUACCCUAUUCUGUCAAAAACAUGAUAGUAAAGGCCUCUGAUGCUAGAGUCGAGCCACCAACUACUUCUUUAGAUCAUAGUAGAAAUGUUGACUUGCAAACCACUCAGAAAAUUGUAAUGAAGAAAAGUGUUUGCCUUGACAGAUAUUCCUCUGAUGAAGAAAGUGCCCCAGUGUUUGGGAAAGCUAUGAAUGCAACUGAGAAAAUGAAGCAGAGUUUUCAGAAGCACAAACCAGCCCAAUUCAAGAAAAAUGAUGCUAACAAAUUGAGUAACCCCAAGAUACAUAUUAAAGAAACGGAACAGUAUGUCCAGACUUCUAAAACAGCUGUAAAUGAAGGAAACUAUUUCCCAGAUGCAGCCAAAGUUUCUCUGAGUUCCCUACAGUGUCAUAAGGAAAAAGAUGACUCUGGUACUUAUUUGGAUAGUCCUCUUCCUUUAUGUCAGAGAUUAAAACUGAGGUUCCAAAACACUUGAAAUUAAAAAUGUUUAAGUGUUAGUUAAUAUUCUGGUAUCAUCAGCAUUAGCAGAGGCAGAAGGAAGGUGUCUAAUUAAUGUUUGGCAGAAAAAUGUAAUGUAGUUUAUAUGUCAGGAGAUACUUUUGCCAUUUUAAUCAA